CCCCAUUACCCCCCACUCACCACUCGCAGGCCGCGGUUCGCCGCUUGCUGCCGGGGCCUGGGUGGGGUGAGGCGCCCCCGCCGCUCCCCUCCGCCUCCAUCCGGGUCCCUCCGCUCUGAGGUAACGCCCCGCCCCUUACGUGCCCACGCCGCCGCCGCUCUGACGUCAGCACGCCGAGGCGGGAAGCAGGGAGGGAGGGAGGAAGGAAGAAGAAGUGUCAUGGCGGCGCCCAUCCGCGCCGGGCCUGAGGCGGCGCCUCCGCCAUUGCCGGUGCCGGGCGGCGUGAAGCGAUCGCGGCAGCUCCUCCACAUGAGCGUCCUCUCGCUCAGCGCCUCCCCCUGCGGCCGCUACCUGGCGGCGGGGAACAACUACGGCGAGAUCGCGGUGUUCAGCCUCUCGGCCGCCCUCAGCGCAGAGGCCAAGGAGGAGAGCAAGAGGCCCAUUGGUGUGUUCCAAGCCCAUCCGGGCCCUGUGUACUCGCUGGCCUCCAGCGAGCGGCUCCUGCUCAGCGCCGGCGAUGGGGAGGUGAAGGGCUGGGCCUGGAACGAGCUGGGCAAGAAGGGUACUCGGGAGCUCUGGACUCGCCGCCCCCCCUGCAGGACGAGCCUGGAGGUGCCGGAGAUCAACAGCCUCCAAUUGAACCCACGGGACAACUGCGUGGUGCUGGCGGGGGGGGACGGGGCCGUGAGAGUGUUGGACAUGGAGAGCGGGAGCUUCACGCACGAGCUCCGGGGGCACCGGGACCUGGUUCACUGCCUGGCGCUGCGGGACCUGCCCCCCCACGUGCUCUCGGGGGGGGAGGACGGGACCGUGCGGCUCUGGGAUCUCCGCAGCGGGACCCAGGUUCAGGUCAUUGAGGUGCACAAGUACGAGGAGUGCAGCCGCCCCAACCACGGGAAGUGGAUCCGCUGCCUGGCCACGGACUCUGAUUGGAUGGUGUGCGGGGGGGGCCCGGCGCUCACCCUCUGGCACCUCCGCUCCGUCACCCCCACGACCGUGUUCCCGCUGCCGCCGCGCCAGCACCACGCGCUCUUCCACCAGGACCUGGUGCUGGCGGGGGGCCCGGGCCCGGCCCUGCACCAGCUGCAGCUCAGUGGGGAGCUGAGGGGCCGCGUCCCCUGCACCCCCCCGGCCCUGCGCUGCCUCUGCCUCAGCCCCCGGCCCCCCGAGCACCAGGUGCUGACGGUGGCCGGGAACAGCCCCAAAAUCGACGUGUUCACCAACCUGGGGUACAGGGCGUUCUCCCUCUGCUUCACGUGACCCCCCCCAUAGACCCCCCCUUUAAUAAACCUGCCCAUUUUGGGGCUCUUUUUUA